UCCUAUCAACAGUCUCAUAGUACUUCUAUGGCGCUCAUUUGAACAGCAUCAACGGCUUUCAACGAUGAAAGCUACGAUUCAAAUAAUUGUUUUAGUGGCAUUAAUUACUAUUUAUUCCAAGGCAGACAAUACUGACGAAGAGAAAAAGGAACAAGCUAAGGAAAUGAUUCGUGGCAUGGCCGAAGAAUGUAAGAAGCAAGAGGGAGCAUCCGAUCAGGAUGUAGAAGCCAUUAUCGACGACAAAACCCCCGAAACCCAGGUGCAGAAAUGCUUCCUCUCCUGCUUUCAGCAGCAGUUCCAAAUUUCCGAUGGUAAGAAGUUCAACAAAGAGGGAUUCAUGCAGCUUUGUGGAAUGAUGUUCGGUGAGGAUGAGGAAAAGAUGAGUAUAGCCGAGGAGGUUGCGAAUGAAUGUGUUGGCGUAGAAAAUGCGGACCAUUGUCAGCUCUCGGUGGACAUUAAAGAAUGUAUAGAAAAGGCGUUUGACAAACGAGGGAUCAAAAUGGAGCAUUAAUAUAUCGGUGACUGCUAUUCAAACUCUGGACUUCGGACUAUUUAAACACCACAUACUAUGUAUGACAAACGAGCAUUAGAAAAUGAUUGAUUGCUAGCGACAUUAUCAAAAUAAUUAUGCCAAUAAAACCUCUUUA